AUGUUACUUAUAUACAAGAAUAUUUUGACGUUACUGAUUUUCUGUAUCAAGAUCCCCAUUCCCACUGCAAUACAAGACCAGACCAGUACGCGGGCGAACACAUUGUUGGAUGACGCAGACGACAUACAAAGACAGUUAGACAAUGAAGCGCGCGACAGAAUGUUAAAACCGACAACAGUGUGGGUGUUUCGCCUUCCCACGCAGACACCGGAACUCAAGAUGGCGGUAAUAAAGAAAAGAUUGCUUAAAAUGCUAUCCUCUGAUCCCCUCCAAUUUUACUUCUACAUACGCUUCCCGAAAAGAUGCUCUCUGGAUAGGAUAUUUGACACUUCUCAGCUGCCUUGCUACUCGGCCGCAGAUCAGCCUGAUCUCGUGCCUGAGAGACUAUUGAGGGUGCUACGUAAAAAAAUGCCGACUGACAGUUCAAGGCGCCGGGCCGACAGGGCGUCGGAUUCUGUUGGCAACUUUAAAUUUGAUCAAAUGAAGUGGUAUUUAGAUUUUCCUGAGUGUGGUGGCCAUUUGCAGUCGCCAAUAGAUAUUCCCAAUGGCUUGAUCAAGACAAAGGCGGGUCGGAAAAUGAUAUUCGCUAAUUACAAUAAACGUCCGGAAGCAUUCUAUAUGUCUAAUGAUGGAAAUCGACUUCGUUUAUUCGGAGAUUGGAGUAGGAAAGACAGACCGAUGAUAUAUGGAGGAGGAGCUCACAAUCGACGUUAUGUUUUCCACUCAAUAACACUUCACUGGCCGUCUGAACACUCAGUCGGUGGUCUUCAAUACCCACUUGAAAGCCAAGUACUGCAUGUCUCGGCGGAUUAUGAUACAUUUGACGACGCUAUUAAUGUUUCAAGGAAGGAUCGGCUCGCUUUUCUUGGCAUCGUCAAUUUGUAUAUGUACAGAAAUUACUCUCACUGCAGCGUUGGAAGCAUAUUGAAUAACGCAAAAAGUGGAUUAAACUCGACAAUUACUUCGCAACCUUUGAGUCAUUUCAAUCCACCCUUGAAAUAUUAUGCCAGUUAUCAUGGCUCUUUGACUGUGCCACCUUGUACAGAGGCUGUACUUUGGCUUAUUAGAGAUCAAACAUUGCCUAUAACAAGGGAAGCAGCGAAAGCGUUUAAGUCUCUGCUCAUUGAGGACUUCCAAGGAAGCCUUCGACGUGAAAUACAACCGCUCAACGAUAGAAGAAUUUACCUUUUCAAAUGAUUGCGUAUAGAGAGAACUA